AUGUCGACCUCGUUCGCCUUCGCACCGGCCGGGGCGACGAUCGCUCCUCGAGGCGCCUUUGCCAGCUCGUCGCGCAAGUACCGAGACCCGUCGAUCAACGACUACUCGCAAGACCUCUCGAGCGACGACUACCUCCUUCCUGAGCCAGCGCGAUACGUCUCGGGCGCGUUCUCGUCGUCACCGGUCCACGCCCACCUGUCGCCCGUCGUUUCCUCGCCCUCUUCCUCCUCGUCCUCUCGCCCUCGGUACAUGCACAACGUGCCCGAGCCUCGUUCGUCGGUCAACUCGAUGCACUCGGUCACCGGGUCGUCGACGCUCGAGGGCGCCAUCGACUUUGCCGAGUUCCGCAACUUUGGCUCGACGUCGUCCUCGUACGGCAUCGACGACACGUUCGGCUACGUCGCGCCCGCCCUCGACUCGGCAUACUCGACCACGACGACGCCCCUGUCGGUCAGCUCGGCCACCUUCACCCUGCCCGCCCAGCACCCGACGCCCGUCUCGCAGCAGCAGCCGCACCCGCACUCGCACGCUCGCGGCGUUCGCCCUUCGACGUUCACCUGUACCCUGUGCGGCUGGUCCGCCGAGACGGCCGAGCAGUACGACUACCACCUGCGGGCGCACGACGGCGACUGCCUGUUCCAGUGCUUCCUCGGCGGGUGCGAGGAGGCCUUUGCGCUCGCCGACGAGCUCGUCGCACACGCCCAGGUCCAUCGCCGCCGCGCGACGCCGUCCAGUGCGUCGAAGCGUUCGUGGAACGACGACGGCGACGAGACGGCGCAGUACAUCGAGGUCGCGGCGCCGUUCGCGUGGACGCCCAGGUCGGGCGGCAAGCGCGCGUGCGUCGAGCCCGUCACGCCUCGCUCGCCCGCCCCGGGCACGCCGCCCCGUCCUCGUCGAGGGCACCACAAGCGCCCGUCGACGGCCGACGCGGUCCUGACGGCCGACGAGCUCGCGCUCGCGUACGGCUCGUCGUCGAGCCUGCCCCUCGCCCGACCCAGCUCGGUGCCGACCGACGGCCCGUACGACCACCCGUCGCCCGGGCUUCAAGGCUCGUUCGCGCAGUGGGAGCCGUACGCGUCGGUCGAGUCGGCCGUCCCGAUCUCGUGCUACCACACGCCGCCGCCGCCGCCGACCACAUCCGCACGGACCCUCCCGACGUUCACCCUUCCCUCGUCGCCUGUCGUCCCGCCGCCGCCGCCGCAGUACUCGACGCCUCGCCAGCUGCAGGCUGCCCGCACCGAGCCGACGCUGUCGCCGUUCGGGUACCGCCCGAUCAGCCGAGUCGCCUCGCCGCUCAACGUCCCGUUCACGGCGCCGAUUGCGCAGGGCCCGUUCCAGCCGUACCCGGACUACGAGGCACAGUCGGCCGAGAUGACCUACUCGGCGUCGUUGCCGCACCCGAUGUCGGUCGGGCGCACCAUCCACUCGCGCCUCGAGUCGUCCGGGUCGAGGAGGACGCAGCCCGUCUUUGCGAUCCCGGCGCCCGAGCCGCUCUCGCCGUCGCCCGUCCGGGUCCAGUACGCGUCGCCGCAGCAGUUCGAGCACGGGCACUACUCGGCGCACGCCCACCCGUACCAGUCGGCGUCGGUCGCGUCGUCGUCGUCGACGGGCUACGCCUCGCAGCUCCAGUCGCCCGUCUCGCCCGCCGCGCCGCUCCCGUCGCAGCAGAGCGUGUACGGGUCCGGCGCGCCCGGGUACCGCGGCAGGAGCCCGCGACGACGCUCGUCGGGCGGCUCGAGCGCCGGGUUCAGCAGCGCGCAGGCCGCGCUCGUCUCGGCGGCGUCGAUGAAUCGCCUCCUGUCGCGCCUGCCCGGCCCGUCGCAGCCUCUCGCGCCCCUCGCCGAGUACGCCGCGUCGGCAGGCGGGCCCGCCGUCCAGGCGAUCCACCCGCAGUACCGCAUGCCGCCGCCGCCGCCGUCGAGCGACCCGUCACUCGACCCGGACAGCCCGCCACAGUCGAUCAAGGCGCACGCGUGCACCGUCGAGGGCUGCGGCAAGGCGUUCCGGCGCCUCGAGCACCUCAAGCGGCACGAGCGCACCCACACGGACGAGAAGCCGUUCUGCUGCGACGUGCCCGGCUGCGGGCGCUUCUUCUCGCGGUCCGACAACCUCGCGCAGCACCGCCGGACGCACGACCGCAAGGGCAAGACGACGCGCAAGCUCGAGAUGCAGCAGGCGGCGAGGAUCGCGGCCGAGACGGCGGCGCAGCACGCAGGACGGCGCUCGAGUCGAGGAGGUCCGGGAGCGGGAGACGGUCUCGAUGGCGGCGGCGGGUACCAGUAGAAGCAGUGCUUUCGCGAAGGCAGUUCGGCCGUGCCUGCAGUGCGCAACUCUGGCUCGUUCACCC